UAUGAUAUAGCUCCACCUCGUAUGUUACUAGUUCAACAGGUACAUGUAAUAGACAAUCAAACAAUUCCAAAAUGCGUAUAUUAUGCAUAUCAAUAGUCAAUACUACGGCUCUGUGUAGCUGGUGUAACGGAUAGCCUUGAUCAUACGCUGGCUAUCUAUAGAUCUGACAGAUGUGGGUCCUGACACCACCGCACAUAAUCCACAACAUUAUCGAUCGGUACCCGUUACGUGACUGGCUCAGCGGGACAAGAACAAACACUCCCUCAUCAGUUAGGCCAUUGAUCAUAAGACGGAUUUUAAUUUUAAUUGGGAAAAUAGCGCCGUUUUGCGCUAUUACUGUGAUGGUGCCGGUGUGGUGGUCGAUAGUGGAAGUAGUGGACCGCACACCUGACGGCCAUAGUUUCCUGGAGACGCAUCGGCACCGUUACAAACACGGAGUUUGGACGGGAAAUAGUUCUUAAUUUAAUCCUUGGAUACCAAGUUCAUAGAAACGUGAAUGUAGUUUAUUGAAUAAACGGCCAGUCAGUCCAAUCGUAGCUGUUUCGUCUGUUGGCGAAGAUCACUUAUAAUGGAGGGGAUGAACCUAUGUGCCCUGAUAUCGGACGUCCCAGCUUAGGACGGACAGAGGACUAGGACGGACAACUAGGACGGACAGAGGACUAUGACUCCCCUGUCCUCUCUAUUCUGUAUUGUCGUUCUGACACUGUGCUUCAUAGGAGAUGUGACGUCACAGAACCUUGCCUGCUAUGACUGUGAAGAUACAUUUACUGAUGUGUGGGACCCGUACACAGAUUGUCAGGUCAGACUGGACCUAGUGGACAACAAGACAUGUCUGGUCAGCGAGGAGUACUGUCUGGUGGAGCGGAUCACAGUGAAGAAGAUGACCAUAAGUAUCAAGCGUUCAUGUGCAAAGGAAUGUUGGUAUGGCUGCCGCGCGAAAGGAUUCGGGGUGACCCAGAUCAUGUGUACUUCCUGCUGCCAGGAGCCGAACUGUAAUGUUGGUAAUAAUUCUCCGAGGACUUCCGUCAGAUCCAGUCGCCUAACACUACCAUUCCUUAUUAUCUCGUGUAUUGGCAGGUAUUUCUAAAAGCGACAUUCUGAUUGGGAUGAUGUGUACCUACCUCGAGAUCACGUGACAAUGUGCAGUGUCGGUAAUAACGUGUGUACACACAUUGGAUACUAUCUGACAUCAUCACGUGUUUUGUGAAUAUCACCGAUACAUUCAGUGUACAAUCUACCCACUUAUUACACUGUACCUGUUUACUAUGACUAAAUCGAUACAGGAUUUUACUUGAUCUAAUACACAUACAUGUAUGAUGUGGUUCAUAUUUUAGGUUUGAACUCAUUGGAUGAAAUGGACGAAUUAGAAACAAAAAUGAUUUCCUUAUAUUUUAUUUCGUUUUUCGCUAUGGAAACAUGACGUCAUUAUUCCGUCCUCGACAUUUUUCUGUGCGCCAUUAUUUAGGAAGCGAAUGGAACAUAUAUUCGUAAUAGUCAUAAGAAUGUUUUAGGGAUAUGAAUAAAUCAUGCAUGUAAUGUACAAUUGUAUGUUUUACGUAAAAGCACUACAGCACACAUGAGAAAGUCUUUGACCGCCCAAUACACAUCGGCUACUAAUGUAUCUUUGAUACCAUGUUAACUUAUUUGCUGUAUUGGCAAUUCAACACUGACUUGCAGUUGCCAAUUUAAAACUCACCUGAAGUUCAGUUUGUUUUGUGACGAACCUUUAAUUUUUGUAAAUUUGCAAUAUCAUUAUGACGAUAUCAUAUUGAAACACGCUACAGGGAUAAUUGUGUGGAAAUACUUGUUUUAGUUUAAUUAAUGUAUAUACAUGUACGACAUUUGGUCAUCACUGAAGUAAAAAUGUACUCAUAAAUUAUUGCCACAGUGUAUUCAAUUGACAAACAAUUAUGCUACACUUAUAUUACCACGUUUUUAUAACUAAUACACAUCUUUUAAUAGUGUAUUCUGUAAAGGCUUGAAAUAUGUAUGGUAUUCAAGAGGAAAAUACACCAUUUUCUACUUGAACUGGUAAAUUGUACUUUAAACGAUGUAGAUAAAAUGUAACUAUGACAAAAAUGUUCGGGAUUUUGUAGCGUUAUCCUUGGUUCGAUAUUUUAACAACGUCACGUUUGACAUCAAAGCUAUGCCCUAUUUUCAAUGUGCUUUACAGGGAUUAUUUAUUCUGCUUUUUCCUUUGUUAUAAGAUUACCUGCCUUGAUACCAAUUCCUUCCGCUAGACUGCACUCUUUGAUGCUCCUAAACGUGUUCUUGCCUUAG